CCUCUGUCAGCGGACAUCGCCGUGGCCACCCGCGCAGAUGAGGACGGAGACACGCCACUCCACAUUGCCGUGGUGCAGGGCAAUCUGCCAGCUGUGCAUCGACUCGUCAGCCUCUUCCAGCAUGGGGGCCGGGAGCUGGACAUCUACAACAACCUCAGGCAGACGCCGCUACACCUGGCUGUGAUCACCACUUUGCCGUCUGUGGUCCGGCUACUGGUGAUGGCCGGUGCCAGCCCCAUGGCCCUGGACCGCCAUGGCCAGACAGCAGCCCACUUGGCGUGUGAGCACCGCACGCAGCCCGAUCUGCCUGCGGGCCCUGCUGGACAGCGCGGCCCCGGGCACAGGGGACCUGGAGGCCCGCAAUUAUGACGGUCUCACUGCCCUGCACGUGGCCGUGAACACCGAGUGCCACGAAGCGGUGCUGCUCUUGCUGGAGCGUGGCGCGGAC